AUGCUUCUCAGAAAUACGAAAUUAGAAGAAGGUGAUGAAGUGGUCCUUAUGUGGAGUAAUAAGCCAGCUGUGGUCGUGGGACGUCACCAGAAUCCGUGGAUGGAAGCCAACAUUCCUUUUCUGAAGGAGUAUGGUAUCGUUUUGGCUCGGCGCCACAGCGGUGGUGGAACUGUGUACCAUGAUACAGAAAUAUUAGAAAUAUUAUUUGAGGAUUACAUCCAAACAAACGCGAGUCGUAGCAUUAGGGCUCCUGCUGUCGGUUUCUUGAAGCAGGAUGACCCUUCAGCUGAGGUUCACACAGUUCGUGACGCCCUUGUGGAGCACUUCAAGUCACAGUUUGAGGAGUGCCCCAUCAGUGAGGUUGACGUUGACAAGGAGGUACAGGAAAACGAGCAAUGUGCGAAAAUCCUUACAGACCUGACUGACUGGAAUUGGAUUUUUGGAAAGACUCCGAAAUUUUGGUUCGAAAACGGGCCUACAAAGCAAUAUGUGGAAGCAGGCAUUAUAAAAGAGUGCUCAUUAGGGAAUGCAGGACAGAAAUUUGAACCAAGUAUUUUGGAAUAUAAAAUUGCUUCAAAUUGA